UGGGAGUAUGGUAAUGAACCUGGGAGCACGCACGCAGGAAAAACAACAAAGCCUCUGGAGUUGACCAACUACCAGGAGAGCUGUUUAAACACGGUAGUGAGACACUGAUUAGAGCACUGCACUGGGCAAUUACCAAGAUUUGGGAGGAUGAGGUUCUGCCGCAGGAGUGGAUGGAAGGUGUCGUGUGUCCCAUCUACAAAAAGAACGAUAAGCUGAAUUGUAGCAACUACCGCGCAAUCACAUUGCUGAACGCCGCCUACAAGGUACUCUCCCAAAUUUUAUGCCGCCGACUAACACUAAUUGCAAGAGAGUUCGUGGGGUAGUACCAGGCGGGAUUUAUGGGUGAACACUCUAUGUGAGGCGACAUAACUUACAAUUCGCUACUCUAUAUUCUGAAGUCUCUAUAUCGACUCAGACUCAUAUACAUACGACAGAGAGCGAACGUACAAAACCGCAGUUCAAAAUUGGCGUGUGUUAAAAAGGACCACUAAAAAAGCGAGUUGAGAGGACCGCUGAACAAAGUGACUGCGAAAAUUAAAAAAAAUGAGUUGAGAGGUCCGCAGUGAAAAAAAUAGCAUGUUGAGAGGAACCCAAAAACGAGACGAUGAAUUUCUACUUGGAAGUAUUCGAAGCUAAAAUGUCUUCACCGGGAAAAUAUGUCCGUGCUCCGGCAAUUGAAUCUGAAAGUGAUUCAGAUGAACUGACGAAUAACAAUAUGAGAGGAUUAUACGUGCGGGCUCUUCAAACUUCAUCCGAAGACGAAAUGGUUGAGGAAGUUGAUAGCUCGCUGGCACGCCACUCAAUCGCUCCACCAGUAGAUCAACUUGAGUUGCAGAAGCGUGUGAAGGAACUAGAAGAAGCCCUCAAGGAGAUGUCCGAAUGUCGUAGCAAUCGAAGCUCCGGGAAGCCUAGUACCAGCCCAGUAUCAACCAACCGUGCCGAAAACUUCGCUACUACCCAAUCAGGAAUGCAUAACAAAAUUAUAACUCAAUUCUAUCAAUUGUUGUUAUUUGAAACAACGUGUGUAUAAUUAGAUAAUUCGAAUAAAAAUGUG